CGGACUUUACUUCAAAAGUGUUAACGAGACCUUUUCCGAUGAGUCAUGGUUUUCGCUUGGCGGCGUCUUCAUCUUCCCACCCGUAGCCGUGUCAAGGACAGAGUAUAUAAUAGACGUGCUUGGCGUUGGGACGGACGGGGCAAUGUACGAAAAACACUACGACCGUUUUAGUGGCGGCUGGAGCAGCGAUUGGGUGUCCCUUGGCGGAGUCUUUACAAGCCCACCAGCCAUAGUCUCGUGGGGUCCGAACAGGCUGGAUGUCUUCGCUAUCGGGAGCGAUGGGGCUAUGUGGCGCAAAGCAUGGGGCGGUAACAAUCCAACCGGGUGGGAUGUCGAGGAUUGGUAUUCUUUGGGGGGAAAGUUUUCCACACCGCCUGCUGUUGCGGCGCGGAUGCCUCGCCGGUUGGAUGUUGUGGCGCUGGGGACUGACAAUCAGUUGUAUCACAUAUCGUGGCAGGAAAAUUGGUCGAACUGGGAACCACUGGGGGGCCCAUUUCGUGGCACACCGACAAUUGUGUCUUGGGGGAAAGACAGGCUGGAUAUCUUUGUUCUGGGGACUGAUUACGUGGUCUGGCACAAGGCCUGGACGGGCAAUGCUUGGUCCGAUUGGGAGUCGCCGGGGGGAGACAUGAAGUGGGAAAGCGAGCCAGUCGCAGUGGUAUCAGACCUGAAUCGAAUUGAAUUGGUGGCACUCAACCAGACCGACGAUCAGAUGUAUCACAAAACGCUGGUAGCAUCUGAGUGGGGCGAAUGGGGGGGAAUUUUCAACGGUGUACUUACGGCAGUUUCGCUAGAGUCGAAGGGCUUGGACAUUUUUGGGAUUGGCACGGACAAUGCCAUGUGGCAUCACACUUGGAGUGAUGGACAGUGGGCAACGACUUACACCUGGGACCAAUUGGGUGGCGUAUUUGCGUUGACUGUGUGAAAGAUGCGGAAACCUUAUUUGAGAUAUUAUAUUCACAUGUGUAUGUACCGUAAUUAAUAGUUUAGUGUAAUUCUA